AUGCCGGUCAAGAAAAGCACAAAAGGCCAGAGCAAGACAGGAGUGGAUGUCAAAACGAAUCGCACAGUAGAACACAAGAUUCUUGAUGAAGCUGUUGAGCUGCAGAGCAAGAAGUUCUUUAUCACUUCAUGGAAGGGAAGAAUCAUCAGAAUAACUUGCAAUCAUUUCAUCGUUGCCAAGAACAGAGAAGACCUUUCCAAUCCUGAGGCUGAUGUGAAAAUAUUUCCCUUCAACGACAUCUUGAAUGUGACAAAUGACGAUGACCGCGUAUUUCGAUUGAAAACCGCUUCAUCGGAAAUGAUUUUCCGAGCAGCAAACAACAAUAGAAGGGAUGCGUGCAUAAAGUUCUUACAAUCAUCAAUGGAAACUUUCACAGCAAAGGAUUACACAUCUUUCAUGCAGAGAGAUGACAUCACACGUUAUUGGGAACAAAACCUACCUCUCUUGCAACAUAAAUCCCGCACUACAAGCUUCGCCUUGUCGAAAGUUUACAAAGAUACUGAAGAGUGGAAGCUUGUCUCGGACCGCUUCUUUCAAGGUCUGCCGCAGGUUUCGCUCGUCCGGAUCAUGCGCGUUCAGAACAAAGAAUUGUUAAGCAGAACCAGGAAAUACCUGGAGAUGAUGCAACAGCGACUCAAAGCGGAUGAAUCGCGUCAAUCAUUAGCAAGCGAUCUUGUCUGGCAUGGAUGCAAAACAUCUGCAAACGUCAUAUCAAUCGCUGAGAAGGGAUUGCUUGUACAUGCAGGGCAAGACGGCGUGAAUCAAUACGGCAAGGGCUGUUACUUUGCCACUUGUAGCGAUCUCGCAGCUCGGUUUGCAGCAACUGUAGACGAAGAUCUUGCAAAGUCUCUUGCUGUGCAUCCUGCCCGUCUGGUGGGAUGCAAAAUGAUCUUCUUGGCUACUCUCUUCGUGUGUGAUGUGACAGUCGGUGAUCAUGUCGAAGGAUCGGCUCCCGUCAUCCCUGAAUCUCGAACAAAAAGGAGAUUUGACACGCUUGCAGACAAAGUAGACAAACCAACAAUCCUGGUUUCCACCUCAGAUGCGCAGAGUUAUCCAUCUUAUUUGAUUUUGUUCUCAUCCAGCGGAUAG